UGGCCGCUUACUUGGUCGAAAUGUAGCGUUCGCCUUUGGACCUGUGACAGCUACUCUGAGUAGUUCAUUUGACUAAGCUUAUUGUAUUUGUAUCGGAGCAUAAACUACAGACGUUGGGAAAAUGAGCGACGUCUUGGACAUCCUGGACAUCGACCGUCCAAGCACGCCAGAAAUCAGCAAAGAAACCAUAAUGGGGACUGAUGCUCGAAGGAAUAAAAUGGUGCAAAAGCGCAAGCUAAUCGAAGCCACCUUCAAACGUCCCGAGGGCAUGCACAGGGAACUGUAUGCCCUGCUCUGUUCAGAUGCGAGAGACAACCCUCCGCUGCUGCCUACCGACUCAUCGCAGGGCUACAAGCAAAACAAGGCAAAAUUAGGCAUAAAGAAAGUUCGGCCUUGGCGAUGGAUGCCCUUUGCAAAUCCUGCUCGCAAGGAUGGUGUCAUGCUGCAUCACUGGAGACGAGUAGCUGACGAAGGAAAAGAAUAUCCGUUUGCAAACUUCAACAAGCAAGUGCACGUGCCAACCUACUCUGGUGCAGAAUACCAGCAGCACCUGACGAGUAACAGCUGGACGAGAGCGGAGACCGAUUACCUGCUGGAGAUGUGUCGUCGCUUCGAUCUGCGUUUCCUCGUCGUCCGCGAUCGCUGGGACACAACACGCUUUGCAAGACGCUCAGUGGAAGACCUGAAAGAGCGCUACUACAACAUCUGCAAUGCACUGGCACGAGCAAGGGCCCCUCCGGGACAGGAACCAAAGACACGAGGUUUCGAUGCCGACCAUGAACGGCGUCGUAAAGAACAGCUCAACAAACUGUACAACCGCACAACCGAGCAAGUGGAAGAGGAGCAGAUGCUGCUCAACGAGCUCCGCAAGAUCGAACUGCGCAAGAAAGAACGUGAGAAGAAGACGCAAGACCUGCAGAAACUCAUCACGGCAGCGGAUAACAGUGCUGAGGCGCGCAGGGUGGAGCGGAAGGGUCCCAAGAAGAAGAUUAAUCUGCAGAAGAACAGCAAGACAGAUGCUACAUCUAUCGAAUCUGCAGGUAUCAGGUUCCCAGACUUCAAAACAUGUGGGGUAUCUCUCAGGAGUCAUAGGAUGAAGCUGCCAGCAUCCGUUGGCCAGAAGAAAACCAAAGCCAUCGAACAGUUACUACAAGAACUGGGCGUGGAGUUGAACCCAACUCCGACCGAAGACGUAUGCCAGCACUUCAAUGAGCUACGUAACGACAUGGUCCUACUGUACGAGCUGAAAAUGGCUCUCGCCACCUGCGAGUAUGAGCUGCAGACACUCCGGCACCAGUAUGAAGUCCUCGCUCCAGACAAGGUAAUCGAAAUGCCAGUUCCUGCAUCUAGUCCCACACUGUUGCUGGAAACAGCAAAAGUCGAUUCACCAUCGAAAGGGAAGGGUAUCUCUGAAAUCAUCGACGUGGGUGGCACGGCUGGUACUCCAAACCGCAAGAGGAGAGCCGCAAUUGAGCAAAGCAACCUUCUGAAGAAAUUCAAAAAGAUGUAGAUCUGCCGAGGCCUUUGUGAAAUAAAGUACGUGACACUUCAAAUUUCA